AUGUAUCGAAAAAUCAUCCAUUUGGUGUCUUUUGCAGCACUCAGUGCAGAAAUGGAUGGUGAUGACGAUGAGAUUCGGGAAAAGGUGGAAAAAUAUGCACGAAUGUUAAGCUGUGAUAAUAAAGUUGGCCAUGCUUUGAGACGGUUAGCAAACAUUGAUAUGACAGUGGAACUGUUAUCAGAAACAGGAGUGGGAAAAGCAGUGAAUCAGCUAAGAGGUCACGAGCAAUAUGGCACAAAGGCAUUGCGAAUUGUUGAAAAGUGGAAAGAUAUAGCAAGAAGUUGUGGCCUGAAACAACGAAGGAAACGAUUUUUCUCACCAAGCUCAGAACGAGAAAAUCCCAUAAAAAAGUCGAAGAAAGAGAAUUGGGGAAAGGAAAAAAAAAGCGAGAAUGAAAAAGGAGCAGGUUAUAGUGCUGUUGAAAUUCACGAUAAUAAAACUAAACCAUCAAAUAAUGGACUAGAAAAUGCUUGCACGGGUUUGAGCUUUGCAGACAUGUUGGCUCUAGCCGAUACUGCUAAACCAUCUAAACUAAAAAAAAUGAAAACUGAUUGUAAUGAUUGGAAAUCGUCGAAAGUGGAUGUAAAUUAUAGACCCUCCAAAGUAUUGAAUUUUGAACCCAUACUCAAAGAGAAUCAUGCUGAUAUAUCCAAAACAGCCAUUGUGGAUGCGUUGAUGUUUAAGCCACGCAAAUCGGUGCGUAAAAUCUAUGCUGGUCGUUCGAAGAAUGAUGCUAUUAAGGAAGUACCGACGUUGCAGAAUUUAUGUAUUAAAAUACUAAUUGCUAACAUUAAUUCAAUUGAGGAAGUUGGCGACACACCAUACUUUUUGCUGAAACCAGUGCUUGAGAAGUGCUCUCUAAGUCAGUUAUGUUUGAUUGAAAGGCGAAAUCCGCAACUAAUGGAAGAUAGUGAUGAGUUGUGGGAGCGGAUUGUAAAUCGCGCCUUUCCAAAAUGUGAAAUAGCACAUGAUGAAACAUGGCGAGAGUGUUAUUAUCGUUUAUGUGAGGAAAAUGAGCGUAAACUGAAGUUGCUUUCAACAAAAAUAACUCAGCAUAAUCGAGAAGCAACUGCACCGAUAAAGACAGCGCUGCUUGCGGAUGCAAAAGCUCCACGUGAAGUUCGCCGACGACAAAUACGUUACGGUACUCAGCAUGCUGCUCAUCCAUUGCCAUCUGCUAAUGAAAUUUCAAAAGCACGGAAAGAAAUUUUUGUUAAAGGAAGCAAGGAAGCUUUGGCCAAUUUACCCCAAGCAGUCAGAAAUACUAGUUCUUCAUUAAGUUCGCAUUCAGAAAAGAAGAAAGUGGUACCGAAAAAAGGAGCGUUGAUGAUAAAAACGCUGAGAAUGCUCAAUGUAAAACGUAGAAGAUAA